AAACAACAAAUCAUUACCUAAUUCACCAUAACGAAAAGCAAAUGAUCACCUAAUUGAUACUUCAAAUCCAAUGUCACUUUUCACGUAAACCCUCGAAAAUGAACCAUCUCUUCUAUUUAAUUAAUCUCCAUGAAUAAAGGUGGAGAGAAGAUGAAUUAUUGAAUGUCUUUCCAAAGAAAAGAAAAAAACAGAAAUUGAAUGAAUCUUGUCCCCUUCUGUUAAUUCCUUACCGAAAUGAUGAUAUGGUUUAAUGAACACGUUCGUUGCAAACCACUGUCUCCCUUCUUUUCCUUUUCCAUCCUCGUUCUUCAAUCUUCAGUGUCGGUCAUCACUGUCCCGGCCUUAAUCGGGAAGGAGGAAGAUCUCGUUCCUCUUUCGGGCAACCAUGAAGCAAAUCUUGAAACUGUGGUCGCUGAACAAGCAGAACCAGUGGAUACUGAAAUUUGGAAUCUCGGUUCUCGUGGUGGGUCUUGCUUUCCGCCUCCUCUUCAGUCAAUCCACCACCAGAUUCGAACCUGAAUUGGAAGCAGCUUCUUCUUCUUCCUACAUUACUGCUAGAACUUAUUUGCCGGUUUCUCCUCCACCUGCUUCAGUGGAAAUGUCGGAGCCAUCGUCAGAUGCCGCCGUUGAUAAUUUGCCAGUCCCGCCGCCGGCGCCACAGCCUUCCUCUUCUGCAGCAGCUGCCGAAACCUCCAAAUCAACUAUGUCUAUAGAUGGACGGCCGGAUCCAGAUGAGAACGAGGCGCCUGAUGAUGGAAAAUGCAAUCUUCUUGUUGGUGAUUGGGUUCCUGAACCAUCUGGUCCAAUGUACACAAAUGCUACCUGCCGCUUGAUUGAUGGGCACCAGAACUGUAUGAAGAAUGGACGCCCUGAUUCUGGUUAUCUGUAUUGGAAGUGGAAACCCCGGCGGUGUGAGUUACCUGCCUUUGAUGCACAGAGAUUUCUGGAGUUGAUGAGGAAUAAAGUUUGGGGGCUGAUUGGUGAUUCAAUUUCACGCAACCAUGUUGAAUCACUGCUGUGCAUGCUUUCAACGGUUGAAGAAGCUGUGGAAGUUUACCAUGACAAGGACUACCGAUCCAAGACAUGGAGCUUUCCUUCCUACAACUUCACCGUGGCAAACAUUUGGGCGCCCUUCCUGGUAGAGGCAGCAAUAUUCGAAGACUACAAUGGCGUCUCAACAUCUGAAGUCCAGUUGCAGCUCGACAAACUCGACAAGAGCUGGGUAGAUGCGUACCCGAGCUUCGACUAUGCCAUAAUCUCCACUGGGAAAUGGUUCCUCAAAGCUGCUGUCUACCACGAGAACAACACCGUAGUCGGCUGCCACAUCUGCCCAGCCGGUAAGAACUUUACCGAGACCGGAUUCGUCUUUGCAUACGAGAAAGCCCUCGGCUUUGCGAUGAACUCCAUUUUGCAAUCGAAGCACAAGGGGCAGAUAUUCUUCAGGACAUCUACACCGGACCAUUUCCAGGACGGGGAGUGGCACAACGGAGGGACAUGUCGACAGACUGCACCGGUGAAAGCAGGGGAGUUCGAGUUGAAGGAGGUGAACAAGAUCCUGAGAAAGGUGGAGUUGGCAGAAUUCGAGAAGGUCUCGGCGAAAGCAGCUGAAUCUGGGGUGAACUUCAAGCUCAUCGACUUCACUAAUCUUCUAUUGACGAGGCCCGAUGGCCACCCGGAUGCAUACAGAAAUUUCCAGCCAUUUGCCAAGGAUAAGAACGCCACUGUUCAGAAGGACUGCUUGCACUGGUGCUUGCCUGGUCCAAUUGAUUACUUGAAUGAUGUGCUCAUGGAGAUGGUGGUAAAUGGUUGAAGGAAUGGAGUUGACUGUUGAGUUUCAUUUGAUGACAACUAUUCUUUACGGGAGCUGGUUCAUUUGUAUAAUCAAAGAUGAAGAGCAGCUUCAUUCAAGAUACAGUUCUUCAAAUGUAUAGCUGCUGCCCAGAAAGGUUGUCCAUUCUGGGUGUUCAAAGUUCCUAUUUUUUGCAUAGCCGCAUCCGCAGUUGUGAUUAAUUAUAAAGGUAAGUAUAGUGAUAUGAUUGUAAUCUUGAGAUUAAUGACAGUUCCGUUUAGUUUCAGUUUGUGUGGGCCGAGUCCCCACCUCUUUCUUUGCUUACGUUACUGGAGGCUGGUUUGGGCCCCGGCCCGUUGGGCCGUGGUUGAUGUUUGAAUGGAUUUUAACAGGCCUUGCCAUAAAAAAAAUUGGUAAGAAAUUAAAUCUGACAGU